AAUAUUUUUAUUGUUCAAUUGCUUUCCAGUACCCUCCCAUUACUCCUGAGAUAAAUUCCUUUUCCUUCACUUCCAGCACGUUGAUCAGGAUUCACCAUUGAUAAAGUUUGUCCAGUUGUUUCCUUUUAUAAACUACUUAUUACACAAUUUAGAAUUAAAUACAUUCUUUUAUAAAACUUUUACAACUUUUGACUGACUUUAUAAUUCGCAACCUUUUUCUUACAAAAACAUGAAUCAUGAUUUUUUUCUCCACACAAAAUAUUAAAAUAUUCAAGUUCUACAGUUUCAAGACAAAGGGUAAUCUUACGAAGCAUAUGAAGAGUAAAUCACACACCAAAAAUUAUGCAGCAAGUAGUAGUUCUUCAGGCUCAGCCCAUCAAAGUGGUACUCAAAGUUCAGAGACCGAUACUGAUGACAGUGGCAUGGACAGUAGUGAUGAAUCAACGCGUCAACAAGAACACGAAGCGGCAUACGGCCUUCUCUCAUUAUCACAAAAUCCACAAAGUUUACCUUCUGGCUCUUCAAUGGAAAAUUUCUCUCAGGGUUUAACGAAAAUGGGAGAAACGACGGUACCUGCGCUAGGCUUAGAUCGAAGUACAAGUUUUAUGAAUACGGAGCAAGUAACGCACGUGAACAAUACAAAUUACGCAAAAAAUAAAAUUCUUGAUCAUCAGACAAUCACUACCUUCAGUACGUUAAGAGUUAAUGCAACAAUUCCGGUUACAACUGUACAAGAAAGUUCCAAAGAAGUAGAAAACUUAACACAGUUUUUAGGGAAAACCAAUACCCAAAGACCGCUUACCUAUCCUUACUUGUCUGUUACCCCCGGGGAAUCACCGACGAAAUCAAAUAAAAUUAUUGAAAAAUCUGCCUCGGAGAAACAACCUCAUAAUUUUAGUGUAAUUUCAAGAAAUUUAGGUCCCGAAUUAAACAAAGUGCGAGAAUUACCUUCUCCACAGACUGUUGAAUUUAAGAAAGUUGCCAUAACAAUAAGCUACGAUCCUAAAUAUUUAGAAGAUGCGAAAACUCCCUCAGAAAGUUCGUUUACAUCAAAACAAGUGAUAGAAUCGGUCAUACCACUUAUUAAAGUGUCUGAUAACAUGCAACCAAACGAAGGCGAUUUCAGAAAACGAAAAAUUAGUGUCUUCGAACCGGAGUUUAAGCCAAAAUUACAAAGAAGCGAUUCGGAUGUAAUGGAUCUUUCUUGUAAUUCAGAGAAGAAUCUUAAAAAUCCACCGCUUUCACAUUGCGAGAAUGGCACCAUUGACCAAAGGACAUCAGUAGCGUCGUAUUCGCCGCAAGUUAUAAAUCUUUCGAAAAGUCAAAAUCUUCCUAGUCCUUCUGUUGCCGAUAAAUGUAAACUUUCAUUUAAGACAAGUCCUAAGGAAUCUUCAACGGAACAGUUUAACAGCGAAAGAGGAAGCGACACUGAAUCUUCGUCAAGAUUUUCAACGAAGGUGCCGGAAAGUUACCCAACGGUAAUGCAUUAUUCGACAGAGUCUUCUGAAAGCUUUAAUUCGGUAGACUAUGACAACAGUGCCAUGCAAACUCUGGCCGAUGUGGCUACGAAGCAAGUCAAGUUGGAAAAGAACACGAUUGCAAAAAAUGUAGCGUCAGCCUUUUUGAAAUUGGCCACGAAGAGCGAAUUUCAGAUAAACGAAAUAAAGAAUUUCAGUUCUUCAAAUAAAGACGUCAAUGAACUCAUCGCAAAGUCUGAAGAGAACAAAAGUUGUUCUAUUUGUCUUAAGAAUUUUAACAAACCCUCACAACUCAGGUUGCACAUGAAUAUUCAUUACUUAGAGAGGCCAUUUCGUUGUGAUUCCUGUUCAGUUAGUUUUAGGACCAAAGGACAUUUACAAAAACAUGAAAGAAGUGCUAGUCAUCAUAAUAAGAAAAACUACAGCAUGAUCCAGGUGUGGUAAUAAUAAAUACUGUGUCGUGCAUUUUGUAUGUAACUAACUUAACAACUUGUUGUAGUAUCGCUGCUGUAGUUAU